AUGUCGUUUAUAGACCUUGAGGCAAAUCCAAGAGACCAGCAGUCUCUUGGAGUUUCCAAUCAAGUUUUAAAUGUGCAAGAAAAUGAAGUUGUCAGUUGUCUUCGGUUGCUUGAGAUUAGUGUGAAGGGUUUGAGCAGAAAAAUAUCUUUGUUGGGUACUGUAAAAGAUGAUCAAUCACUUCGUGAUACAAUUGAAGGGAAAGACAUCCCAUACUGUGAAGAACUACGUGAUAGUUUACAGUCCAACCUUAAGUUUAAUUGGAAAGAUAAAUACGUGUCUGACUUUCAGGCGUUGUCAGCUGAAUUUCUCAAGUUAAAACGAGAAUACCAAACGCGGAAACUGGAAUUACCGUUGAAAGUUGUGGCUUCGCAGAAUUGGUCUGCCCGUGGCCGCAAGAUGGAUGGAUCCCAAACGGCUUCGACAACUCUUAGUCGACCCUAUGAGGAAGAGGGUAGUAGUGGGUACAUUUCGAUGCAGAUUAAAAACGAUGAGCACACACCGCUGCUGCAGCAGCAGCAACCGCGGCAGGAAUUGCAGCAAUUUGUAAAGCAAGACCAGGUGUUGCAGGAUGAGUUAGAUUUCCAUACGCUGAUACAAGAGGUACGGAGUCAAGAGAUUACCAAAAUACAUUCUCAGGUGCAGGAUGUUAACGCUAUAUUUAAACAGCUCGGAUCCCUGGUCCAUGAACAAGGAAAACAAGUGGACUCGAUAGACCAAAAUAUCAAUGGACUUACAUCGAACUUGCAAAAUGCAAGCCACCAGCUUCGAAAGGCGGACAAAUAUCAGCGUAAAAGGAACAAGUGCGGGACAGUUACUCUAUGCAUUGUUGCUAUGGUAACCUUAGUUGUAAUAUUGGCCGUCGUGAGUUAA